UAUACAACAAACUAGAGUAAAACCCAAAAACGUACCGUAUUUAAGCCACCUUUUGAGCGUUUUAGGAGUGUGAUUCAAGGCUUUCGCAUACGCCGCCACUGCAGCAUGACCACAUUGGGCCGCAACUUUACCUUUUUGCAUUUUUAGGUCAUUUCGGACGCCCAUUAUCAACCGGUAUUCGUCAUUUGGGUCCUCAAACUGUUUUAAUUAAAAAAAAAUUUUUUUUGAGAAUUCUAACCUCAAAACGUUCCUCCAUUCCGGGCUUCCAUAUGUUGUUAUUAACCGGCAGUUUGCGUAAAUAUUUUAAGAGAAUGUACGUCGAAGUUGCCCCAAUUAGGGUACCUGCACUAAAGACAGCCAAAUAGGCGUUACUCGAGAUUAUCCCCAUUUCGAAAAAAUUAGGUUAGGGAAAGGUAAACACGCCACUGGACACUGUCAGGCAACAUGGAGAACACCGGUGUAUUGUUAGUUGCCUGACUAUUUCAUUCUAUUUUAAAAUAAUUAUAGUUAUUUAAUUAAAUAACUGAUUUAUCACUAUUGUUUAAUCACAAUUGAUACACUCAUGCGUCAAUGAAUUUUAUUUUAUAAAAAAAAUGGAUAAAAACACUGUGUGAACGACAGGUAUGUACUUCCCCGCAAAAACCUAUAAUGAUAAGGGUAAACAUUUUAAACAACAUUUACCCACUUUGCGUGGCAUUGAAGUCGCCUAUCACUUGCAACACGUGUUUGUAAUCAAAAAUGUUACAACUAUUACAACCCAUGAUUAUCAAAGAAAAGCUACACAGUUUUAAUGGAAAAGCACGCACUUUUCUGGAAAAUCCAUUGUUGAGAGAUGCCUCCAACGUUCGCAUUCACCGCUCGGGAAAUCAUCGACCAGGGAAGAGUCCCACAGGACGUGUUCAAUGCGUUAAAACAGUGGUGCCAAUCUGAGAAGCUUCCGGUUUUAGCCGACGAACAACUGGUGCUCUUCCUGCUGUCCUGCUACAAUGAGUUGGAGGCGACUCAAAAGACCAUUCAUGCACACUUCAAGUGCAAGGUUUCGGCACCUGAGUUGUUUUUCAAUCGGGAUUUUUGGGCCGAAGAUGUACAAAAAGCGAUGAAAGUUUGUCAAAUGUCGAUUUUUCCCACAAGGACAGCGAAUAACGAAGCAAUUGUUUUUUGGAGGUUGCAGGACUUUUCCUACUCCAAGUUUAAUUUAGAAUAUAUCGUUAAAUUGGUUUUUAUGAUUGGGGAGUUUGCUUGUUAUCAGGACCCCCCUGAAGGGGUUGUGAUCCUGAUUGACCUCAAAGGGCUGGGUUUGUGGCAUUUGACCAAACUACGGAUUGGUCCUUUGAGGAAAUUCUUCAAAUUUGUUCAAGAGGGGUAUUCGUGUAAAAUAAGACAAAUCCAUAUUUUCAACACUGUCUAUUUUAUCGACAAAAUUAUGGUCAUUUUGAAGCCAUUGAUGAGCAAGGAGCUUUACAAUAUGAUUAAAUUCCACCCAAGUAACAUGAAAAUGGAGAGUUUUUUUGAAACUCAUUUACCGAGGGAUUGCAUCCCUGCUGAUUACGAGGGUAGUUUACCCGAUCAAGCCACCUUAAGUGUGCAAACUUAUAAUGCGCUUCAAGGGAUGAAUAAAUUUUACAGGGAUGAGGAACAGCAAGUGAAGGCUUACAAAAUCGUGCAAUAGGUGACAAUUAAAAUUAACUAAAUUAACAACUAAAAUUAGUAAUAAUAUAACACAAUUUAUUUAGAAAACCCUUGAACACUUCGAAAUUAGAAUAAUAUUAUUUCCAAUAACUUCUAAGUUUCUCUUCGGCGUCAAAAAACGGCUUCAACUCUCUAAAUUCCUGAAUCAUUUUCUCAUUCAUUUCUUCAAUUGAGGACAACUCGCCCCCAUACUCCUUUGGCAAACAAGCACUCGGUAUGCAAUCCUCGUAAAAUUUGCUCAUAUCUGUCUCUGGUGGGUGUGUUUUUAUCUAAAAUAUCCAAUAAGAAAUAGUUUUUUAUUCACCCUGUGAGAACAUACAAUCGACAUUAAAUCGCUCUUGAUGAAAAAUUUAACAACUGAAAUCAACUUAUCAAAAACGUAAUUAGAAUUUAGAAUAUGAAUCAUCUUAAUUUUCAGCGGCAUUGCCUCUUGGAGAAACUCUAAGAAUUUUUUUGCCGCCCCUAUUUUCAAACGUGUUAUGUGCAUGAAGCCAACCUGAAAAUGCAAAUGUCCCUAAAAAAUUAAAUUUCCGGUUUUUUACUUACACCUUUCAUGUCGAUCACCACGACUAAUUCAUUUGGCGGAUUUCGUCUUUGAGUCACAUCCAGUAACAUAUAACUGAGCUUCAUUGCAUGAACCCAAUCAAAAUUUUGGUAAUUUGUGUCGUUGAGUUUGAAAAAGUGGAUGACAGUGUUGUUGGACAUGCGGGCAGGAAUGCUGACACAACUCCUGGAAAAUUAAUUAGUGAUAAACAGAAAAUUUGUUGUAAAUUGUCGCAGUUUUGAUAUGUGUAAGAAAUAAGAAUAAAUAAAAGUUUGAUUGCAAG